GUGACUUGUAGUACGACUGUACAUUUCCAGCACGUUAUCCCACAUGGGUAUUUCGGGAGCUGGUUCCCUUUGUAAUAAAACAACUUUUUGGGAAUGCGCGGGAGUUAAAGACUGGUUUCCAGUCCGAGGCUCAGCCGAGCCAUGUGUUGAACUGCGGAGACAUCGCUGAAGAUUUGAAAGGUGACACGGGAGCAGAGGACCUGCGGAGGAGUCCCCAGUGAGGACGUACUGCUCAUUUCUUCUCUCGCGGGCUCUGUGCGCUCCAGUUGGCGCCGUGGGUCAUCUUGGAGAAACAGCCCACAUUGUGGAUGAACUCACGGGGCAAGCAGGGAUAAUACUCACAGACCGAGAGUUUGGUUUCGGGGUGUGCUGGAUAUGAACACCCGGAGCAGCUCCGGGUGACCUGCUGUGAAAUGGAUCCUCUGAUUUUGUGGACAUUUAAACUGGCUUUUGUCAGUAACUAGGAGCUUUCCAUAACUAUCACAGCCGAGGCAGACGCGCCCGUCUUUGGGCAUAUUGUUCUGCAGUGAAGAAGAGACUCGCGCGCCCGCCCUGGAUGUUUAAUAUGCUAGUAUGGGUCCGCUAGCGUUCAUCCUUGUUGGCGGGCUACUGCAUUUUCAAGUUGAUGGAUCCCGUCUGCGGCAGGAGGACUCCUCACCCCGGAUAGUGGAGCACCCAUCUGACCUGAUUGUCUCCAAGGGGGAGCCCGCCACUCUCAACUGCAAAGCGGAAGGGCGGCCAACCCCGACGGUGGAGUGGUACAAGGACGGAGAGCGGGUGGAAACGGACAAAGAUGACCCACGAUCUCAUCGCAUGCUGCUGCCGAGCGGCUCGCUCUUCUUCCUUCGCAUCGUUCAUGGACGACGGAGCAAACCGGAUGAGGGAGCCUACGUCUGCGUGGCCCGGAACUACAUGGGAGAAGCUAUCAGCCGCAACGCAUCUUUGGAAGUAGCAUUGCUGCGAGAUGACUUCAGACAGAACCCGACAGACGUGGUGGUGGCAGCGGGAGAGCCAGCCAUCCUUGAGUGUGUCCCUCCGAGAGGCCAUCCUGAACCCACCAUCUACUGGAAGAAAGACAAAGUGAGAAUUGACGACAAGGACGACAGGAUCACUAUUCGAGGAGGGAAGCUGAUGAUCUCCAACACCAGAAAGAGCGAUUCUGCCAUGUACAUCUGUGUGGGUACUAACAUGGUCGGAGAGAGGGACAGCGAGACGGCACAAGUCACAGUGUUUGAGCGACCAACUUUCCUCCGGAGGCCCAUCAAUCAGGUUGUCCUGGAGGAGGAGACGGUGGAGUUCCGCUGCCAAGUACAAGGAGACCCUCAGCCAAAUGUACGCUGGAGGAAAGAUGACAUUGAUAUUCCUCGUGGGAGGUACGAGAUCAAGUACGACAAGGACGACUACGUGCUGAGAGUGAAGAAGGCUUCCAUCAACGACGAGGGCGCGUUCACCUGUGUGGCAGAAAACCGUGUGGGCAAGCUGGAGGCCUCCGCCACUCUCACUGUCAGAGCUGCUCCCCGGUUUGUCAUCCGCCCAAGGGACCAAAUAGUGGCUCAAGGCCGCACUGCCACCUUCCCGUGUGAAACCAAAGGAAACCCUCAGCCUGCUGUCUUCUGGCAGAAAGAGGGAAGUCAGAAUUUGCUCUUUCCCAACCAACCCCAGCAGCCCAGCAUUCGCUUCUCGGUGUCACCCAGCGGAGACCUCACCAUCUCGUCUGUGCAACGGGCAGAUGCUGGUUACUAUAUCUGCCAGGCCCUGACCGUUGCAGGCAGUAUCCUCGCCAAGGCUCAACUGGAGGUCACAGAUGUGCUCACAGACAGGCCACCACCCAUCAUUCGCCAAGGCCCAUCCAAUCAGACACUUGGUGUGGAAAGUGUGGCACUGUUGAAAUGCCAGGCAUCGGGAGACCCCAUCCCCUCCAUCAGCUGGCUGAAAGAUGGGAUCAGUCUGCUGGGGAAGGACGCCCGCAUGUCUCUGCAGGAGCUGGGCAGCCUGCAGAUAAAAAAUGUCAAGCUUUCAGACUCUGGGAUCUACACAUGUGUGGCUACCAGCUCCAGUGGUGAAUCUUCAUGGAGUGCUUUCUUGGAAGUCAAAGAAUCAGGUGGUGUGCUGGUCAUGAAAAACCACGAUGAGAAUGAGCUUCCAGGCCCGCCAUCUAAACCUCAGGUCACAGAUGUCACCAAGAACAGUGUGUCUUUGUCCUGGCAGCCCGGGAUGGCUGGAGCAUCACCUGUCUCCUCAUUUCUCAUUGAAGCAUUCAGUCAAUCAGUGAGCAACAGCUGGCAAACAGUAGCAGAUCAUAUCAAAACCAACCAGAUUACAGUGAAAGCUCUCCGUCCCAACACCAUCUACUUGUUCAUGGUGCGAGCAGCCAACAGCCAAGGCCUGAGUGAUCCAAGCCCCAUGUCUGAUCCUGUCAGAACACAAGAUAUAAGUCCUCCAGCCCAGGGUGUCGACCAUAGGCACGUACAGAAGGAGCUUGGUGAGGUCAUAGUUCGAUUGCACAACCCGGUUGUUCUGAGUCCCACAACAAUUCAGGUCACAUGGACGGUGGAUCGUCAGUCCCAGUUCAUCCAGGGUUACAGAGUUCUGUACAGGCAGACUUCAGGACUGCCUUCACCAGGACCCUGGCAGACCCAGGAUGUGAAGAUCCCUUCCGAGCGCAGCAUCAUCCUCUCCCUGCUCAAAAAGGGCAUUGUGUAUGAGAUCAAGGUCCGUCCUUAUUUCAACGAGUUUCAAGGCAUGGACAGUGAAUCCAGAACAUCACGGACGACAGAGGAAGCUCCCAGUGCACCUCCUCAGCAGGUAACAGUGCUGACUGUGGGAAACCAGAACAGCACUUCCAUUAGCAUCUCCUGGGAUCCCCCUUCGCCAGACCAUCAGAACGGCAUCAUCCAAGAGUACAAGAUCUGGUGUCUGGGGAAUGAGACACGUUUCCAUGUGAAUAAGACAGUGGAUGCAGCCAUACGCUCGGUGGUGGUGGGCGGGCUGCAGGUGGGAGUGGUGUACCGGGUGGAGGUGGCUGCCAGCACAAGUGCAGGGGUUGGAGUCAAGAGCGAACCUCACUCUAUUAUCAUCGGUAAGGAAUUCCGGGAUGUGAUUAUACAUGGGAACCGGAACAACAGCAUCACAGAGCAGAUCACUGAUGUGGUGAAGCAGCCUGCCUUCAUCGCCGGUAUUGGAGGGGCCUGCUGGGUCAUCCUCAUGGGAUUCAGCAUCUGGCUCUACUGGAGGAGGAAGAAGAGGAAGGGCCUGAGCAACUACGCAGUUCAGUCCUUCACCUUCACCCCUGCAGUGACAUUCCAGAGAGUGGACGGUGGUUUGAUGAGCAAUGGAAGCCGGCCGGGCCUGCUGAAUGCCAGUGACUCAGGUUACCCCUGGUUAGCGGACUCUUGGCCAGCCACCAGCCUGCCUGUCAACAGUAGCUCCGGAGGGCCCAAUGACCUGAGUAACUUUGGUCGAGGAGAUCACCCUACUGGACAAGGGGAUAAAAGUGGCACCAUGCUCUCCGAUGGUGCCAUCUACAGCAGUAUAGACUUUACCACCAAAGCCAACUACAACAGUCCAGGCCAAACAUCCCAGACCACUCCCUAUGCCACCAGCCAGAUUCUCCACUCGAGCAGCAUCCACGAGCUGGCCGUGGACUUGCCUGAGGCCCAGUGGAAGGCCUCACUCCAGGCCAAGCAGGAGAUGGCAAAUCUGGGGUACUCCUUGCCUGACAAGAAUUCCUGCAACAACACCCUCCUUUUCAUUCCUGACUACCGAUUGGCCGAAGGAUUGUGUAAUAGAAUACCACACAACCAAUCACAAGAUUUCAGCACCACCAGCUCUCACAACAGCUCAGAGCGAAGCGGCAGUCUCUCAGGUGGAAAGGUAGGAAAGAAGAAGAAGACCAAGGCUAGCUCCAAACCCAGUAAAGCCAAUGGAUCCAACUGGGCCAACGUUCCCCUCCCCCCUCCCCCUGUUCACCCUCUCCCUGGCACAGAGAUGGACCGUUAUCCCAAUGAGCAUCAUGACAGAGGAGGGUAUGAGAGUGAUGGUUGGGGCCCGCCCAUGCCCGUGCAGACCUAUCUUCACCAGGGCAUGGAGGAUGAGCUGGAGGAGGAGGAGGAGGAGAGGGUUCCCACCCCGCCCAUCCGAGGGGUUGCCUCCUCCCCAGCUGCUGUGUCCUUUGGACAGCAGUCCACAGCUACCCUCACCCCUUCUCCUCGGGACGAGAUGCAGCCCAUGCUCCAAGCCCAUUUGGAUGAGCUGACCAGAUCAUACCAACUGGACAUGGCCAAACAGACAUGGCACAUGCAGGUAGGCUCUCUUCCUCCCCAAGCUCCAGCUCCACCAGUGGGCUACGUGUCGACCACAAUGGUUUCCGACCUAGAGACCGACCUGCCUGAUGAUGAUGAUGAGGAGGAGGAGGAGGAGGAAGAAGAGGAGGAGGAAGAGGAGGAAGAUGAAGGCUAUGGAGCCAGGCAUCCCCGCGGCAUCGAGCACACACCUGGAUCGAGCAUGGACAACCUGGACAGUUCUUUAACAGGGUCCAUGGUGAAUGGGUGGGGCUCAGCCUCGGAAGAUGACCGUAAUUUCUCCAGCCAUAGGUCCAGUUUGGGCAGUUCGUCGGAUGGCUCCAUCUUUACCCACUGCAGCUUUGCCCAGGCCCUGGUAGCCGCUGCAGACAAGGCAGGCUACCAGCUGGAGGGCACUAGCCUCAGCAAGAGAGGUAAAGGCUUGUCCCACCGGCCCCGGCCCGGCAGUCCAUUCUCAACAGAUGGCAGCACAGUCGGCACACACAGCUUGGGCCACCAGAAAGCCACCAGGCCCACACGCAAACCCCGAAGCCAGGGCCCAGCACCCCACCGGAGAGAUGCUAGUGCAGACGACCUACCUCCCCCCCCUGAGCCUCCCCCCUCUCAGGGCCAGGGCCGUAUCCAAGGGCCCCACAGUAUAAGCAGCAUGGUAGCCCCUACAGAUAGGAAGGCUUCCUCUCUGGAGCGCCCGCCUCUGUCAGGGCACCUGUCAGGGCACCUGUCCGGUCCAGAUGACAUAAAGAGCUCCAUUGAGAGACAGACACGCACUUCUCUGGAACACCAUCGCCAGGUUCAGGACCGACUGGGCUCCAUGGACCGGGCUGACGAUGGGCGCAGUGGACACAACACAGAGGACGGGUGUCUGCCAUAUAACAAGCCAUCCUUUCCCUCCCCUGGUGGCCACAGCUCCUCUGGCACAGCCUCCUCCAAGGGCUCGACAGGGCCACGCAAGGCCGAGGGUCCACGACAGCCUCAGCAGUGGACCGCCACAGAGCACGCUGAAUUCCUGGGGACCAAUGGACAGGGACAAUACUCGGGAGAGUUAUAGUGAUCUGCCUGGGAUGUGAACUGGAAAACCCUGGUCCUUCCUGGAAAGAAUGAGGCCCUCCUUAUCGGGGCAAUGAACUUUGUCCUUAUCUGUGUGUUCUCAGAGGGAAGGAUUGCAGUAGAGGGCACAACAGAGAAAAGCAGUGUCACAUAACUGUAAAUGUGAUGUAUAGGCACAGACAUACUGUACAUCUCACUAUGUUUUUUGUCCUCAAGAAAAUAUUUACCACCUCCUACCUUACUGUAAUUUUCUUUUUGUUAGAAAAAGGCAAGUAAACACAAAAAAAAAAGAAAACAUCUAUACGAGAACACAUUUUCUGGUAAAUGCCCUUGGGGAAUUUUGUUUCUUGUAAAUAUAUCUUUUAACUUGCUGUUGCAUUGCUAUGCAAGCCUAAUUCAGUUUGAGCUUUUUAUUUCCAUAUACAGGAACAGUUGGUUUUAUCUGGUUAUUUGUAUUAUAUGUGAAUUAAGUGGCUAUUGUGCCAUAACAUAAUUGUUUUAUAAUCCAUUGUUUGUUAAUACUUUCCAUUAAUUAUUAUCAUUAUUAUUAUUAUUAAUUAUUGAUUUUGCACUGCAAUUUUUGGUGAUAAGCACAAAAACAUGGCUCCUGCUGACAUGAAGAACCGGAAUAAUAUGUGAAGAGGAGUUUCUGUACUGUAAAGUAAAGAGAAGAAAAUUAUAUACCAAUGUACAGAGAGAUAUUAAAGAGUCGGGCUUUGCUCACAGACGGCAACACAAAGGCCUCAUUUCCAUGGUUGAGACUAAUUGGGUGGCAAGCAGACGAGCUUCCUGAGGGAGAAGUGUACACACAGCAGGAUACUGUAUUACUGUAGGGGACUGAGUAGAUUAUUUAAUUUCUAAUUAACUGUCCUAAAUAAAUAGUUUAAUUUAAGAAACAUUUAGUGGUUGAUACUGGCAACUCCAGACAUGUCCCUGUCCUCAGAAACAGACUGAAGGAUUUGUUAUUUGUUUUUAAUCUUGUAACAAGACAAGGGUCUCCAAGUAUUUCAAGUUUGGUUUUCAGGAUUUACUGACUAAUUAAUCUGAUUACACUGAGUUUACGCUACUCGUUCAGUAAAACAGUACACACACCAGAGAACAACCAGAGGGGAGGACGAAUCAGUGAAAUCUGUCCUCAUGCUGUACUUCAAUAGCACUUACAGAGGCAGAUUCAUCACUCUUCUGUCGCCUUAAGAGGCAAGCAGACAUCACAAGAGUAAUUCUUGGGAUGAUUAGCAAUGAUACUCUCGAACCUGCCUAAAAUAUCAGUGGAGUAUAAUUUGUUUACAUCUUUUAUGUUUUGAAUUUUAUGUUCCAUCAUUUUAAUAUUGUUUGCUUUUUAAAGCACUUACUGUUCUAUGUUUGUCAUAUUAUCUGUGGUACAGUAUCAUCCAAGAAAACAACACAUUUACCUGUUGGGUCCUGUUAAAAUGAGGUAAUCUAUAAAAGUAGUUGGUGCCUCAGGACCAAUACACUAUCGUCAGCACAGCCUUGUGUCCAGAACUUUCAGAAGUUUGUACGAUGUACACCGUAGCUUAGAGUCACGGUCUGAACCCAAAACGUGACAAUGGAGAAAAGCCUUGUGUAUGAACGAGCAGGCGCCACUGCCUCCACGUCUACAGCCACAGUGUGGAGCAGAGCACUUUCCUUCUGCCUGGCCCACACAAAACACACACUUCUGCCGCUUCUGACUUCUCAGCCUCUGAAUCUCAAUUUAUUGUCCUUUCAGACAAUGUUUCUAUUGGUUGUCCUUUUUUAAUGAAAAGCUUGUUUCUUUGUCUGCCUUUUAUGGACUCCAAAACGCUGCUCUCAACAAUGUUUUACAUAUUUUUCUUCAGGAUUUUUGUGGUUAACUGACGGUUUGUUUAGUCUUUUUUGUACUGCUAAUGUUGAUAAAGGGGGGUGGAAACUAAAGGCCGCCAGAUGCUGUUGUACUGUUGUCGUCACGCCAACGUCAUUUGAUAUCAUCCACCCAGUGGCCAGUGUUCUGGAAAUGAGGUGCAAAGAGUAUCUCAGGUUAUUUUACAUUCUGGUGGUGUUUAUGUAUGUGUAUAUAUGUGUAUAUAGCCAUACGCAUCUCCACUUGAUUAUGUCAUUCCAUUUGCAUUAACAAGAAUAUCCCUCUUUUAUGUCCAAUUCUGUCUUCACCUCUUUUCAUUUUCUUCUGUGGAUUUUGAUUCUGAGUAUAAUGUGCUGGGUUAUCCAAUUUAAGACAAGAUGUCAGUAAAAGAACAUACCAAAUUAAGAUUGAUAUUUCUAAAGCGUUUUAGUGUCUCUUUAAUACUCAUUGUCUUCUUUUGAAUCACAGUGUCGUUUUGUAUUUAUUAAAAAUGAUAAUAAAAGUAUAUUGUGAAAUAUGCAUAACGAUUGGUGGAAUAUAAUAUGUGUUUUUCGUUCCUUGUAAAGUUCGCUGUCAGAGCCGAGCAGCGAGGCCAUAAGGAGAUGACAGGCACACUGUGCUCACAGCGCUGUGAAUUGCCGGGUCAGUAGUCGUUUUCGUCGCUCUUCGUCCUGCAUGUUCACCGCACCGCUCCUCUCAUGUCAAAACUAUAGCGACUUCAAACUUUAUCGAACACAAGGAGCAAAAACGCUCACAAUUUGCUUGUCAAGACAAUAGAGAAAAUGUCUUUUUGGAAGGAUGAAAGAACUUUAUCUUUCCCUCUCUUUUGUUCAUUUUCUCAAUAUUGUUGAUUCUUUGUAGCCUAUCUGUGUGUUGCCUUUUUGCAAUAAAAGAUUAAAAAUGAUGAAAAAAAUAGAAAGUUGUUUGGUGAAGUCUUUCUGUACAGUAUGGGGUGAGGUGACACACCGACCCAAUGUCAGUACAGUACAUCUGCUUUCUUUUUCUCCUGUAAACCACCUUCUGUAUUCACUUGCAUGUCCUUGUCCAAGAAGAGUGGAUCAAUAAAAUAAACUUUUACAGUCUCUUUCCCAUGUCCUGUAAUAUAAAUCCAUGUUCUUUUUCCCUUGUACCUGGAUCAAUAUCCAAUAAAAUAUUUUUGAAAAAUGA